AAGGUUGGAUUCUAAAAGUCUGGGAGAUUCCUGCUUCAGCGUCAGGGUUUGGUUCAAAUUUGUGCUUCAGGAGUGCCGCUGGCCACCGUGGAGAGAAUCCUGGCGUCCUUGAGUUUUCCCAGAAGUGGUUCAGGUUUCAGGGAGGCGGCGAUUGCGGGGGGCGGACCGCCUGCCUGCCGCCCCCGCCCACCACUCUGAGUGCACCGCCAGGUUCGCAUCUUGCUUCGCCCGCCUGGGCCGGGGGCUCGGUGUCCCUGUGCGCGCACCUGGCAGCUGACGCGGGCCCAGCGGAGCAUCGGGCAUGCCCUCCCCCGCGAGCCCUGCGGGCGGGCCGGCCGCCGAGCACCCUGGGGAGCCGCCUCCGCCCUGGGCCUGGGGCUCCGAGGCCGUGGACACCGGGGCAGGGGCGCCGCCUCUCCCCAAAGGUUCCGGGCGCGGGGAGGCCGAGACGCGGGAGUGCAUCUACUACAACGCCAACUGGGAGCUGGAGCGCACCAACCAGAGUGGCCUGGAGCGCUGUGAGGGCGAGCGGGACAAGCGGCUGCACUGCUACGCCUCCUGGCGCAACAGCUCGGGCACCAUCGAGCUCGUCAAGAAGGGCUGCUGGCUGGACGACUUCAACUGCUACGACAGGCAGGAGUGCGUGGCCACCGAGGAGAACCCCCAGGUGUACUUCUGCUGCUGCGAAGGCAACUUCUGCAACGAGCGCUUCACCCACCUUCCCGAGGCGGGUGGCCCAGAAGUCACGUACGAGCCACCCCCGACAGCCCCCACCCUGCUCACUGUGCUGGCCUACUCGCUGCUGCCCGUCGGGGGCCUCUCCCUCAUCGCCCUGCUGGCCUUCUGGAUGUACCGACAUCGCAAGCCCCCCUACGGCCACGUGGACAUCCACGAGGUAAGAUGGGGCUGGCUCGGGGUGGGGCGGGGUAGAUCCUAUAAAGGCCAGAUCCUGUUAAGCCCUCGAUCUCCCCAGGACCCUGGACCUCCACCCCCGUCCCCUUUGGUGGGCCUGAAGCCUCUGCAGCUGCUGGAGAUCAAGGCUCGGGGGCGCUUCGGUUGUGUCUGGAAGGCGCAGCUCAUGAACGACUUCGUGGCUGUCAAGAUCUUCCCACUCCAGGACAAGCAGUCGUGGCAGAGUGAGCGGGAGAUCUUCAGCACGCCUGGCAUGAAGCACGAGAACCUGCUGCAGUUCAUUGCCGCUGAGAAGCGAGGCUCCAGCCUGGAGGCGGAGCUGUGGCUCAUCACAGCCUUCCACGACAAGGGCUCCCUCACGGAUUACCUCAAGGGGAACAUCAUCACCUGGAACGAGCUGUGUCACGUGGCGGAGACGAUGUCUAGAGGCCUCUCAUACCUACACGAGGAUGUGCCCUGGUGCCGGGGCGAGGGCCACAAGCCGUCUAUUGCCCACAGGGACUUUAAGAGCAAGAAUGUAUUGCUGAAGAGUGACCUCACUGCUGUGCUGGCUGACUUUGGCCUGGCUGUUCGGUUUGAGCCAGGGAAACCUCCGGGGGACACUCACGGGCAGGUGGGCACGCGGCGGUACAUGGCCCCCGAGGUGCUCGAGGGAGCCAUCAACUUCCAGAGAGACGCCUUUCUGCGCAUUGACAUGUACGCCAUGGGGCUGGUGCUGUGGGAGCUCGUGUCCCGCUGCAAAGCUGCCGACGGACCUGUGGAUGAGUACAUGCUGCCUUUUGAGGAGGAGAUUGGCCAGCACCCGUCCCUGGAGGAGCUGCAGGAGGUUGUGGUGCACAAGAAGAUGCGGCCGGCCAUCAAGGAUCACUGGCUGAAACACCCGGGCCUGGCCCAGCUCUGCGUGACAAUCGAGGAGUGCUGGGACCACGACGCGGAGGCUCGCCUGUCCGCGGGCUGCGUGGAGGAGCGGGUGUCCCUGAUCCGGAGGUCGGUCAACGGCACUACCUCGGACUGUCUCGUCUCCCUGGUGACCUCCGUCACCAACGUGGACCUGCCCCCGAAGGAGUCGAGCAUCUAAGCCCAGGACACGAGUGGCUCUCCAGACUCAGUAGAUCUGAAGAGGAAAGGAAAAAAAACAAAAAAAAGUUGUGUUUUGUUUUGGAAAUCCCAUAAUACCAACAAACACAUAAAAUGCAGCUGCUAUCUUACCUUGACUUUUUAUUAUUAUUAUAAUUAUUAUAAUUAUUAUUAUUAAUAUUAUUUUUUUGGAUUGGAUCAGUUUUUACCAGCACAUUGCUCUACUGUAUCGCAAACAGCGGACACGUCAGCAGGCGUUGCGGUGCUGAGCUGUGAAUGAGGAACCAGCGCCAUGCUGAAGAGCCUCGGCCACCUCCUGCCCCUCGGGGUCCAUUUUCCCCCGCUUUCUCUUUGUUUGUUGUCUCAGAACCUGUGACACAAAGAAACCCAUCCUGUCUUAGGAAACUUAAUGCUGCAAACUCUACCUAGAGGAACCUUUGAAGACUGUUACAUAAGAACACACCUUCCUCACACGAGGAGUUUCCCUCUGCCCUCGUCCCCCUCCCGCCUCACCUUUUACUGUGUUUUUAUCCCUUUUUAGACAGUGAGUUUAAGAAACAGCAGGCGUGUCUUUUCACGGAUGAACGGGUGUUGUCCUGACCGAGGAAAAACUGGGCUGAGGAUGAGGAUGGUUUGGACUGGAGGGGAGGACGGGGCUGGGGGUGGGUUCUGGAGCAGAGCUACACUGGACUCGGGCACACUCGGAGCAACAUCCUUUGCUAUGAGACUACUUCUCAGGUAACGCGGAAUCGAGGGGAAGGAUCGCGUGGAGGCCGAGCAUGAACGGCAAAGAGCGGGGUUUGGAGAAAGUCUGAAAUCAGGUGUGGCUCUGGCCCAUCUGUGUGCCCUGUCCAGUUUUUCUUUUCACUCACUUGGGCUUGGGCAUAAGACACAACAUUUUUUUCUACCCUGAUUUUAAGGUUCGGCAAGGGUAGAAACCAUCACGGUUUAGUGAGUACAGUCUUGAUGAGACAUUAUACUGUAAAUAUCUGUAAGGGAGGAAAAGUUGUUUCCUCCUGGAGCAGUUCAGGGAAAUGGCCACGUGGGGGCGCCCUGCAUAGCCGGGGCAAGGGGAUUUCCUGGGUCCGGCCUGGCCAAGGCCUGUCUCUCUGGAGAGCCCUGGAGUCCUGCAGCGCUGGCUCUGUCUGCCCUGUGUGGUGACGUUACUGUCCCUUUAUGUAGCUCGUGGACGCAGCUUUCUCCAGACCCCCUCACAAGAGGUGCAUAUUCGAAAAAAACCGUUUCUCUGUUUUGCCAUAACCUUGCUCUCGUCAGUGAAUGUUCCUAAUGCUGCUGUUUCAACCUUUGACUUUUUUUUUUUAAUUUAUGAAACAUGCAAAUUUUUUUUUUUUUUCUUAAAAACACACACAUCCAUGCAAAUGCUUUGCUAUGUGGCUUCCGAGGUUUAAAUUUUGAAAAGUAAAAGAAUUAAAACUUCACGACCACAGACCACCUCAAACCAGAAAUACCUCAGAAUUUUCUACUUGUGUAAGGUUUAUUAUAGAUUUUAUUAGUUGUGUUGUCUCGUAGUAAGUAUAUUUUAAUGUAAGUUGGCUUUUAUGACAAGAAAGUUUAAAAGAAAUAGAGAAAAAGAAAAAAAGUUGUGAGUCUUGUAGGGAGUGCUCCCGUUUCUCCUUGAUAACGUCCCCUUGUAAAUAAUUGUCAUCCACUGUGGGUUGGCUGUUGGGGCUGAGUCUGGGCAUUCGUCACUCUUAUUUGUGAAGGCGUUUCCUUCCCAUUGCUUUAGACCCUUUUAUUUGAAAACUGGAUCUCUUCACCUUGAGGGUAGGCGAGUUGGUGGGCGACGGGGAGAGGUUGACUAGGGUGAGGGGUGGGCGCCUCCUCCUGAGUUUUUUGGAGGUUCCGCUGUUUCCCUCGACUUGGGAGGUCAUUGUUCAGAAUGACAGGCGACCCCACUUUAACCUGGGAAAAUUGUGGCCUUUAGACCCCCAUGAGGUAAUUUUACUUGAGACUUAAUUUCUUCAGCAAAUCAGCGGGGGCGCGAGGGGAAGUGCCCGGCAGGUCUCUGGGCCGCCUGUGACGGCCGGGCCGGGCGGUGGGGGCUCUGGGCCCCCCAGGCUGGGUCCUCCUCUGCGUGUUUGGACACUGUGCAGUGGGAGGUGAGCUUUGCUUCACGGGUCAAAAUGUGACCUGGCCAGGGUGGCUCCAGGGACAGGUUUUUGUUUUUUUUUUAGUAAGUUAUUUGUCUAUCUCUUCUUCCUUUUCUUUUUUAAACUAUUUUGUGCUGUGGUAUUUUUCUUCCCUCGGAACGAUUUUUAACAGCAAAACAGGCCUUACAGCAGUUGCUUUUCUUUCCCACUUAUUUCUUUCAGAAGCUUUAAAAUAUUUAUUGAAAAGUGCCAUAUCUGGUUUCUCCAGCUUUCUCCUUACUUAGGUAGGCAGUGCUGGGCAUCUCUACUUUUCAACCUUCAGAAGAAACAAAUAAACCACUAAGAAAUGUAGCUGAUUUCAGACAGGAAUGACCGGAUCCCUGAUCCUGUCCCGUGUGGAACACUGAACCCCAGCCUCUGUUUGGCUUUAGAUUUCCUCUGGGCAGUUUUUGUUUUGCGUGCUGGCUUGAUUCUCCUGAGAGGAGCUUUGUCCUGCUGCAGGGCCUCUUUAGGCUGAGGCAGGGGUGGGGGUCCCCCUUUGCUGGCCCUGUGCCCAGCUGCCGUCACUUCCUCAGGGCCGUGGCACAGGAAUGAGGUGUGUUUUGGCAGAGGGCUUUUGGUGGCACACGUGUGCUGGGCUGAGGGUCCCUGACUGUGGUCGUGGCCAGGAGAAGGUGGGCGUCUCUCUCCCGACUUGCCGCUGGGGCCUGGGGGGUCUUCUGCCUCUGAUGAAGUCAUCUUUGUCAUCACGAAUCCCCUGGGGGAGCCCGCCAUCCGCGGCUCCGGCUUGUGUGAUGGGCUUGUGGGGCUCAGCCGGUGCUCCUCUCCACAGAUGCUUCACGCACUCUCCAUUUCCAGGGAGCUCGUAUCUCUCCUACAUUUCUCUUCUCUCUCCCUCCAAGCUCUGUGGAAGACUGGGAGCCGUGGAGUCUGGUCUCAUCGUCCCUGCCCCGUUCAGGGUAGGAGGGUGGCCAAGUCAGAGGACAGAAGUGGCCCAGGACCCCUGUGCCUUCCUCCCAAGUGUGCUGUCGUCCAGGCAGGCUCCUGGCUGUGGAGAGUGUCUUCUCUUUGGUCCCUCAUGGGGAGGUCUCCACUCACUCCAGUGUUCUUGCCUGGAGAAUCCCAGGGACAGAGCACCUGGUGGGCUGCCGUCUGUGGGGUUGCACAGAGUUGGACACGACUGAAGCGACUUAGCAGCAGCAGCAGGGGAGGUCUCCUGAGCCAGAGGGAGCCAGGAGUGAGCAAGGGAAGGAGGAGACACGUGGGGACAGAGGCCGCUGUGUCACAGUGCCCGCAGAGGACACUUCAUCACAGGCCAUGGAAGGGCAUGCGCGUUAGCACAUCCUGGGGCCGUUGAUCCCUCCCAGGAGUCCUUCUCUGAUUGAAUUACUUGGGGUGUGAGGGCCACAGGCAGGUCCUUCAGAGGAGAAAGGGAGACCCGGCCCGGUGGCAGUGGGGUAAGCGCCGUCAGCCUCGUGUUCAGAUGGCCUUCUUGUCGUCUUGGCUCUCAGUAGGGGCCCCAAGGGCUCAGUCCUGCUGGGGAGGCUUCCUUACACGUGCCAGCUGCUUCUGAUGCAGACUUCAUCCUGUCUGCAUGGGGCGGCCUGUGUCCAGAAGAGGGACCUUGUGCAGCCUCGGACAGCCUCGGGACGCUUGAGCCGCCCACUCUUGCUUUCUCAGCCGAGGGAAAAAUUUGUCAUCUCCAGGCCUCCGAGGUGGUUCUCCCCCUGCCCCCAGGGACCAGGCCGACCCUCUUGUUGUGGCUGGGCCCUGCCUUAGGGAGCUGAGCAGGGGAUCCCGCGGCUCUUCUCUGUCUCUUUUCUCUCCAGCUGGCCGCCGUGCUGCUCCUCUUUGGGUGCUUGGGGUGUGUGUGUGAUGUUUCCUUCGUGGCAGGCCGAGCCGCGUAUUGAGGGUCCACCAUAUGUCGUGUAUGUGGCUCAGAGAGCCCCAUCCCAUGGCCCCUGUACUCUGAACCAUGAGGCCAGGGAGGGAGCUGUUCCAUUGGGGUGGGAGGACUAGAUGGCCCUCUUGCAAAUGGAAUUCUGCUUCUUUGAGAAUACAAUGUGACGUUCCCAACAUCUGUUGGCAAUACAAGGAUUUCAUGUUUCUUUUUUUUUUUUUAAGGAAUAUAGUGAGCGAACGUACGUAAGUUGUUAGAAUUGGUACUAGACGUGUACUAGAAGUGAAGGGGCUUCCCAGGUGGCGCAGUGGUAAAGAAUCUACCUGCAAUGCAAGAGACGUGGGUUCAGUCCCUGGGUGGGGAAGAUCCCCUGGAGUAGGAAAUGGCAACCCACUCCAGUAUUCUUGCCUGGAAAAUUCCAUGGACAGAGGAGCCCGGUGGGCUGUAGUCUGUGGGGUCGCAAAGAGUGGCAUGUGACUGCAAAUGCAUACUAGAAGUUGAACAGCCAGGCAUUAUUCCAGAGAACUUGGCUUACUAGAAAAAUACCUAAAUCGGGAAACAUCUUCCAGGAGUUAACUCAGUUUGUCAGUGCCAGCUGUUUCUGAAUCUUUGGAGAGAUGGCCAGGCCUGCCUCAGACCUGACUCUUCAAGAAGCACAGGGAACUGACUGACUACCCCCCACCCCCCACCCCAUCCCACUGCCUCCCCUUUCGGUUCAGGGCAAGCGGCCAAGAAAGAAAAGGAGGCAAGGUGGCCUUUUCUGGUCAGUGGCUGUUCACAAAAGCUGAGCUGGUAAAAUACUCAGCAGCUGAUGUGUUCAGCCUAGGAAUGAUGAGUUCAAGUCCCAAUCAGGAGUUAUGUUUUAGGCAAAGAAACCAGCCCAGUAAUUCAGUUGAUAAGCUGUUUGUUUUUCUUCUAUGUCUAGAUUUGUAAACAAUGAAUUCAGGGUUAUAGGCAUGUUCUUUAAGUAAGAUUCCUGACAGUUAAUUUGCAACCAGCAGUCCACCUAUGAAUGUAUCCCAGACCUUUAGGAGGCUUGGGGAAGUUUGUUUUUUUUUUAAAGAGGAUUUAGUUUUGUAGCAGAAAUAAAUGGAAUUUUAAAAUGCACCCCUUCCCUUGGAAAUUAAUUCAUGUGACUCAGCCACACUUGAAAAACAGUUAUAGUCGGCCCUCCACAGCCAUGGGUUCCUCGUUCUCGGGUUCAUCCAACCUCGAAUCAAAAAUAUUUGGGGGAAAAAUACUACGGAAAGUUCCAAAAAUCAAAACUUGAAUUUGCCACUUACUGGCAACUCUUUACAUAGUACUUACAUUAUAUUUACAACUCUUUACAUAGUAUUUUAUUAUAUUAGGUAUUAUAAGUAAUCUGGAGGUGAUUUCAAAUGUGUGUCAUUUUAUGCAAGAGCUUUCUGCAUCAGUGGAUUUCGGAUCUCCACCCCGCAACCCUCCAUAUAGAGGGAUGACUGCGGUGGGUCCAGGAGAACUACAAAUGACCAUCAAGUAGAAGUCCAGAUUAUCUAGUGGGGUAUUUUGAAUACUCUUGUUUUAAACUCAUUUUGCGUUCACUGUAAACUUUGGUUUGGACAGAAUUUUGAAUUGAAAAGAUUUACCACUACUGAGAAUUUUUACCCAGCUUUUUACAUUGUUGUGACGGUAUCUUCCAGGUAUGAAUGAAGCAGGACUCUGUGAUUGUGAUCCUCCAUGUACCCCUGUAGUGCCAAAACCAGUGAGAUUUUAUUUGCUCCUAUGGCAGCUCAUAGCGAUAAGACAAGUGUUUUUUUCCUCAUGAAUUAAAACACAUAUUCCCUAAAUGCCAGCAUGUGGAGAAGGGCUUUGCACUGCCCUUUCCAGGAGUGUCUUUGGAUUGUCUGGAGCCUGGGCAAUUCUGAGAACUCCUGCAAGCCCACUACAGGACACUAAAGAAAUAUACACACAGACGUGUGUGUAUAUGCAGUGGAUUCUACAGCUGUGGGCUUUUCUGGACAUCCACAGAAACGCGUUUCCUUCACUUGCAAAGUUUACAUUUUGAAGCUCACAGUUACAAAAAAUAGGGCCCAUUAGCUCAUGCUUUUCAGGCAGAUGUGGAUGGGUCUUUUUUUUGCAAAUGGAGGAGUCCUGUCUUGAGCCCUGGGAAUUUCUGCUGUGGGUUGGGCGCGGGCUCAUUCCUGGAUUCUCCCAAUCAUGUUCGCAUUCGAAUGUUGUUAGGUAGCAUUGUAAAUAAAAGAAUAGGUUAUAUAAUAGAGAUACGACACUUGAAAUUUUACUUUAAGAAAUCUGUAGCACUACAUAUAUAUUUAGUUAUAUCACCCGACGGAUUUCUUCUGCACAGUGUGGAGAUUGUUUUAUACCACAGAUUAUUUUUAUAAAGUCCAGUGAGUUUGAGUAAGAAUGAUUUUGUAAUCAGAGCCAUGAGCUUUACCUUUCAAGAUAAGUGUACACUGGAGUGUGAGUGGUGUGGGGCCAUCCCUGAGUGCUUCUGCGACUUCUUGUUGAUACACUGGCAGAUUGCAGUCCACCGAUGGGUCUUGUUUGGCCCAAAACUCCACUCGCAGCUGUCUGCAUGGGGCAGUCUGCCGAGGAGAGGGGCUGGGAGAGGCCAGAGGGUCCUGCCGUGUGCUUUAUAUACGUGCUUCCUCCUGAGGUUUCUUUUGAACAAAGGGUUCUGAGGAGAAUAACUCCUUUGUAAGUUACUCUCAUGGGUGUAGUGGUGUGAAGGGGUUUCGGGGAACAGAAAUGGUACCAGGGUGCAGAUUGGGGUGGCUUGGGACUCGAGUAAGAUUCAGGCAACAAAUGUGUAAAACGAGGAUUUGCUGAUUGGAGAAAUCUACCAGACCGAAUGGUCUCAGACCAGAUUAUCCAGUUUUUCAGGAGAGAAUUUUCCAUUCGGAAAGGGAGGGGCGCGGUGUGUGGGCAGUGCGAUCAGAGUAAAUGGAGGGCUGUCCGGCAAGUUUGUCUUCUCUGUUAAGGCUGCUGGGAGGCGAGAGGGGCUGGGCUGGCUCACCGCUUGCCUCUAGCAAGCAACCCUGGCGCCCGCAGAGGCGGCUCAGAACCACGUACCAUCAGGGCCUCUGCCCAGUGCCUACAAGGGUUUCCUGCUCUUCCUACAAAGGUCAGCAUCACGGCCGUGAUGUGGAAGGCGGUCUUUACCUGUUAGCCUUUUGGUUUUUGGGUGGAGAGUGGUUACUGGGGUGAGCCUUUCUGAUGGGGAUGUGUAAGAGGUCAGUCAUGUAGCUAAUCCUCUGUAUCCACAGUUGCUGAAGGCCUUCUGGCUUCAGCCGCUGGGUUCAAAGGUGCGCUGGUUGGGACGGUGUUGUCAGGAGAGUCUCUACUGUGCCCGUUAAACCUGCUGUGCUGCUCUUCGGCCUGGCCGAGAGCAGCGUUUUGCCCGAGAGCAGCGUUUUGCGCCACCCCUUUUGUGCUUGAAUGAGCUGCGUUUCGGCAGGUGCAGGGGCACUCUGGGCAGCAACCCUCGGCCCUUCCCUGCUCCCCAUCAGAGAGCGUCUGUCUGCCCUCCAGCCGCGCGCCUUGGAUGCAAUUGCCGUGCCUUUGUUUUCGCCACCUGCCUCCCCCCAAAAGCAACUGCUGUAAGCUUUUUUCUACUUGUCUUUUCUAGCCAGAAGUCCCGCCUUUUUCCUUUUUCCCAGCUGUAUUUUCUGGAUGCAGUUCUGUGCUCCAGGCGUGUUAAGAACCAGUUACCUCAGACCUCGUGUUGGAACAGUGUCACCAUCUGGGUCCUCUAGAAACCGCAGGCUUGCGACACGCACUCUCUCUCUCUCUCUCACACACACACACACACACACAGGAACCCUGCCGAGUAUGGGUACUUGUUUGUUUUACAGUAAAACUCUUCCCAAGGAUUGGAAAAAGGGGCUUCUGGCAAGCUCUUCGCGGCCCUGUGGUGGGAUGGGUCUUGAGUGUCAUCUGAACGGUGCUUCCUGUGUUCCAUUCUGAAUUCUGCCGUUUCCAGUAUUCUCGGCUCUGAACAGGCAGAGUGACUCAGCUGGUUGGCCUUGUUCACAAAUGAGUUCUGAAAAUGAGCAGUCGCUAAAGCUCAAGUGUAGAACAUUCCCUUAAAUGGCAGGAUCGAUCCCCCCACCCACCCCAUCCACCACAGUGCAUUUUGGGAAGAUGUCUGUAGCAUACGUUGCUGUGAAAUUAGGCCUUGCGGGUUAUGGCUGUUUGUCAUUUUGAUGUAUUUUAAAUAAAUAUAUAUAUAUUUUUUUAAAGAGCCUUUUUUUUUUUUCCAAACCAGUUCAGAAAGUUUAAUUAACCAGCAGUCACCACAUCUGAAUUUGCGUCUCCGGGGCGUAGAUGGCAGACCAAGAUUAAAGUGGUAACUCGGCCCUAGUGAGCGUGGGCUGCUGCCUGGCUGGUGCUGCUGGCCAUGGGACAGCAGGGUCAGCGUGUCCCCGCUGGGUCCCAACGCAGCCCUCAGAGCGCGCUUUGCUCUCUGCAGGGGCUUUAGCUGAGGCUUUCUCAGAGCACUGCCACACAUUAAGUGUCUGUUUUGCCAAAUAGUUUUUCCAUAAGUGAAGAACGCACUCAUCGAAGUCUUACCAGCAGCGGCAGAGAUGAGAAUAGGAAGGAUGAGGCAACAGCUGGGGUUUGAGUUGGACAGUGUCCAGGUCAUUUUCGAGAGGCCGUCUGAGAGCCAGUGACCAUGCAGAGAUUCUUAGGAGACCUCAUCUGAGAGCCUGACGACCUCCUGGGAGGGGGAGACUUGUUAAAAUGCCAGCGUCUUUUCCCUCCCCCCUCCAUUUUUUUUUUUUCUUCUAGAAUUCUGUAAAAAUCCAAAAGUAAGUUGGGUGGUACUUGAGAACUGGGGGGGGUGGUGAGGGUUACCGCAGAUGAGAAACAUACUUCGAGAUUUCAGUUCCACACCACAAAUCGACAUGAUGCCAUUUUUCAGCUGUAGAAAUAGAAUCUGCUUAUGAAUUUGACAUAUUUAUGGUAGCAUCAAAGGCCAAUUUUCCAUGUGUUAACAUUUUUCCACAUUUGUCCUUGAAUCUGAAUAACUUCAUACAGUACUGUAAAUUCAGCUUAUAUUGAGUUUGAUGUCAGUUCUUGUGAAAAGAGCUUCUGCACGCAACAGACACAGGCAAAGAGCACAGCAGAGCACAUCUGCAGGACCGAUUUUGGAACCAGUAGAUGUCACCUCUCAUUUGCCAUCGUCAUAGAUCAGUUUUACCAGCUCCUUCUAAAUGUUUGUAGUAUUUGUAAGGGAAAGACAGAAAUCCCUAAGACUUGUCUAAUAACUUAGUGGAGAAUGUGUGUGUUGGGUUUAGGAUGGAUAGCAAAGUCUUCUUGAGCUGUGUUAUCUAACUUGUAUAUAAAACUGUAAUUAAAAGUUUGGAUUCACCUGUUUCUUGCCGUUAACAAUGAUGAAUAAUUUGCAAACUCUGGAAAUGUGACUAGGAUAUGAUUUCAGACAGUAGAAGUUGAGGAAGCUCUUUAAGUGCUAAAACUGAAGACUUCUUGUUUUUGGCUCAAAUUCAAUAAGUACUGUGUACCAGGAUAUGUGAGAUGUAAAUGUAAUAGGUCACUUUUCACCCUUGUAGCUAUACAAUAAAAGUUUUAUAGAACAGAAAUAGAUUGUACUACUGAAUUAACAAAAGUUAUACUAAAGUAUCAUGUUUAAAAAAUAUAUAUAUAUACACACACAGAGUUAAGCUUGUUGCUGUUACCCUGUCUGGAUUUGAAAAGUGUGCUGAUUUAUAUAUGUAUAAUAUAUAUAUAUUAUAUAUAUAUAAAAUAUACACACCUAUAUAUAUAUAUUAAAUACCCGCACACACCUGAAAUGGCCUAAAGCAGACAUCCAUGUAAUUACAGUUGCAAAAUGAAGACAUUUUGGAAAGAACAUUGUAUCAUAGUUCAUUCAUUUGCAGUGGAUCUUUGUUCCUUUUUACUGUGGUAAUUUUAGAAAUGAGUGUCAAGUUUGAAAUUAGACCUGCUAAGUUGGGGUUUUGCUGCUUAAACUCUGCACUGGGUCCUCAAAUAAACCGAUGUGAAUGUAGUCCCCCCCCAACCCCCACCCCCCGUGUGAAGAAGCAGCCACACCCCAACAGAAUAGGAGGAAAAACCUAGAACUAUUUCAAGUUUUAUCUUUUUGUAUAUGAAAAUAAAAUAAUAAUGAUU